GCGAAAGUUCUCAAGUAUCACAGUAUUUCAACCCAGAGAUGGUUUAAAGAAAAAGGAAAAUUUAGGAUAUUUAAGAGUUAUCUAAAUAUAUGUUGCCUAAUGAGUUUAGGAGUUUAUAAAAACUAUAUAUAAGGAGAUUCUAAUGUGUAACCUAACUUAUGAGUUUUAUGAGUGAUUAAGAGAGCUUCAAGUUUUGAGAGAUUUCCUUAUAAGAUAAUAAGGGAAUUAUUCUUAUUUGAUAGUUUUAAUAAUUUGUGAUCGAGUUACUUGAUUUCUAUAGUUAGGGUAGAAUGGGUUCAAGCUCAGCAUUAGCAUCUACAAUUGUGAAGAACUGGAGAGAGCAUCCUCCUUCUUCGUAUUCCCUCAAGGUUCACAACUUCUCACAACUUGAGAAGUCGACGACGGUCUCUGAUGAUAAAUACCAAUCUCGUCCUUUCUCCUCUGGUGGAUAUAAUUGGAGACUGAUCGUCUACCCAAAAGGGAACGAAAAGGAUGAUGGGAGUGGAUUUAUUUCCAUGUACGUGGAAAUAGACAGCAAAAUAACAACAGAGGUUUUUGCGGAACUCCGUUUCUUUGUCUACAACAAAAAAGAAAACAAGUACUUUACUAUUCAAGAUCUAGAAGUAAGGCGGUUCAAUGCCCUUAAAACGGUGUGGGGAUUGCAGCAAUUUCUUCCAUUGGAUACAUUCAAUGACCUCAAAAAUGGAUACAUCUUUGAGGGAGGUCAUUGUGAGUUUGGUGUUGAUGUCAUUGUUGCAUCUCCCCUCACCAACUGGGAAAUCCUGUCUUUUGACGAGAAACUCUCGAAGCCCAAGUUCUCUUGGGCUGUCAGGAAAUUUUCUGACUUGAACGUGAAUAGUUUGACAUCAGAUAUUUUUUCAAUGGGAGGGAGAAAAUGGGUUCUAAGGCUGUAUCCCAAGGGCGACACUAUAGCAGAUGGUAAAUGGUUAUCCAUUUAUCUGGAAAUGGCUGCUAGUGAUACACUAAAAGAAGAUGAGAAGAUUUUUGUGCAAGCAAACUUACGAGUUCUAGACCCACUUGGAUCCAAUCACAUCCAACUCCAGAUGAACGUCUGGUUCGAAGUACAAAAUGCUAGUUGGGGUUGGAAUAAGUUUAUGUCCUUAGCUGAACUUCGAAAGACUUACUUGGACAACAAGGAACACGCGGUGAACGUUGAGAUAGAAUUUAAAGUCGUUUCUGCUACCAAUUACUCUCCCAUUAUGUAAGCACUACUCUAGGGCUAUCAGAAAAUGCUACAUAUGUCUUGCAUUUUUUAGUCAACAUUCGAAUUCUCUACUUUCCAUACAUGCAUUUGGUUUUACAAAGGAAACUUACCUUUGUAGUUUGUGGUACACAGAAACUCCACAAGUAUAAUAUCCCUAUCUAUAUUCCGCAACUCUUUAACUACUUCGAACAACAUGUACCGCUUACCAUUAACUUGGCAUGGAAUGGAGUGACGUCCUUAAUUGUUUCUCCCACAAGGAUUGUUGGUUAACAGAAAGAACAGAAAUAUAGAAGCAUAGUAGUAGAAAGAGCAUGAGAGACAUUAGAGUGUGUCUUAUUCCUUUCUUUUUGUAUCUCAGUGAUCUUGUUGAUAUAUAUGAUUCCUCUUAUCAAUGUCGACUUGAUUGAUAUUUAGAAUUCUUAAGCCUCCGUGUGUUCUUCUUUGGAUCUCUUCCAGUAAUUGCACCAAUUCUGAAAUCAAAUCGUGCAGAAGUGUGUUAGUUCUUAGGCAAGGUCAAGUUACUUUGAAUCUGCAACAUUGUACAAAUUUUCAAACUAACUUCGAACUCAUACGGCGCCGUUUGGCGGACGACAUCAUGCCGACGAGAUAUUUGUUACAGAAUCAAACGUCAGAAGUAGUCCGUCCCACAAUAGUUUUUAACCGGUUGGGAUUCCGCCACGUAAGCAAACUCAGUGUAGAUCUAUCGCAGAAGAUAUUUUACUUUUAUUUUAAUUGAGUACAAUUCAACCAAAUUUAUCGUCAACAGAACACCAAGAUCUUCAACAUGGUGCAAGUAAAUUUGGUUAGGCGUGGAUCUUAAUAGAACGACUCAGAUACUGCAGUUAGACGUAAGUUUUC